UUGUUGACAGGAGAAUUUUUGAAAUCACCAGUAGCGAAGUCAAACAGUUUGAAUUGAUGAAUAAGAAGAAUCACCUGCUUGGGAUUUUGAUUAAAUUGAUGAAUAUUUUAUAAGAAAAUCAACGGGGAACCGCCUCUACUAAAUCAAAACAGAAACAUAUCACAACUUUUCUCCGAAAUAUUAAAUUCUGUGAAGAAAAGAUCGAAGGAAAGUGGUUAAUUUCUGCUGCGACAGAAAGAUUUGGUUCGGUUACUGUGAUAAUGCUAGUUUAAGCCAUAUAAAGUCCCCCGUCUGUUUUGGGACAGCGAGGAAUAUCAUGCGAGUAUAGAUUUCAGUUUAUUCAAACUUUGCACAAAUUUGAAGAAAUUUUAACCGAGAAUAGCUGAAGUUACGUGGUUUGUAUAUGACAUAUUCAGUCACCUCUGACAGAUAGUCUUCAACUAAAUUUCAAUUAAAGAUACUCGAGCGAACCUAAACUUUCCCGAAACUGUUUUGUAGAUACAGCAAUCAUGGAUAAAAUGGGUGAUAAAUCUAAUAUUUAUUGGAUAAAUUCUUCAAAUGGAAAAAAUGCCACUGGUCAGCCAGCCAUCAAUAUAUCGGAUGGACUGUGGAGUGAAGAUGGGGAUUAUAUGGAUUAUGCAGCGAUUGAUUAUAGCCAAAGGAAUUAUCCUGAAGAACUUCGGACAAUUCCUAUCUGGGAAAUGGUUUUAAAGAUUGGAUUUUAUGUGCCUGUUAUAGUAUUGGCUUUAUUGGGCAAUCUUCUAGUCAUUCUGGUUGUGGCAAGAAACAAACGAAUGAAAACUACAACUAAUUAUUACAUAGUAAAUUUAGCCAUCUCAGAUUUACUUGUGGCAUUAAGUUGUUCCUGGGUUCAUCUCUUGGACAAUUUAACAGACGGGUGGAUAUUAGGAGCUUUCUUCUGUAAAUUUAAUACAUUUGCUCAAGUUCUCUCCCUUGUAUCCAGUAUUUUCACCUUGACGUUCAUAGCCUGUGACAGAUUUUUUGGUAUUGUGUUCGCCAUGAAGGCACAUUUUAUAGAAAGGCGGGCAAGAUAUACUAUAAUAGCUAUGUGGGCAUGUUCUUUGGUAGUGGCUACCCCCCUUCUUGUAUACCGAGAUCUGUACGUGGUACAUUGGAAAAAUUACAUUGAACGGUGGUGUGAUGACCAAUGGCCGGUGUCGCACUACGUUGAUCCACUGACAAAUAUGACACUACAUACAAUUCCUGCCAGAAAAAUAUAUUACACGGUUGUUUGUGUUGUGUUGUUUUUUCUGCCAUGCGUAGUGAUGUCUGUUGCGUAUGCUGUGAUAAUAUGGACAUUAUGGGCCUCGCAAGCUCCGGGAGAACGAAUGACCAAGGAUAUAAAAGUUCAAAGUAAAUUAAAGAAAAAGGUAAUUGUAAUGUUGGUAUUGAUACUAGCGUUGUUUGUGAUAUGCUGGUUGCCUCUGAUUAUCACAUUAUUAUAUUCUGAAUAUAGACCAGAUAAGCAUUCUAGACUAGAGGAAUGGUAUGUCGGGUUUGAAUAUUUUGCUAGGUACCUCGCCCAUGCCAAUAGUGCUAUAAAUCCGCUGAUAUAUGCUGGUUUUAACGAUAACUUCAGAAAAGGGUUUCAGAACUUGUUCACAUGGAUGGAUCGAAAGAAGCGGUACAAUACCAUGGUGUACAGAGUGGAUUCAUUUCAAAGUUCAACAAACAUAACAAAAGUAUGACUUCCUACUGUUAAGGAAGUUAAGUUAGUGUGGAGAAGGAUCGGAUCCUUCAAUAAACCAUUAAGAUCCGGAACUGCAGCCGUUAUUCAGGAAACGUAUGUUUAGGUAUUUUUUAAGACAAUGAUGUCUUGGUGUGCCCGACCACUAUUCGCUGCACGAUGUGGCUUAAUGUGAUAAAAUGUACUUUGCUUAACUGACAUAGACAUGAGCAGGACUAGAUAUAUACAUGUACAUAUAUAUCUGGAAUUAGUAUGAAGUUUCACUGGUGACGUAAUUGAGUCUGACAAGCGUAAUAAUGUUCUAGUUAGCUGUAUUACUAGAACUCAGAAAACGAAACUUCGAGAACUUUCUUGAUUAAAAAAACGCAGUAGGUAACUUUAGAUUACCUUGAUUAAUUGAGUUCAGGUUAUGGUUACAAAACGAGACAGUAUAUAAAAGUGUAUGGGACACAAUAUCGUGGCUACUAGAUGGGUUACUAGCUCCUGUGUGUGAAGAAGUUGAAUUGUUAGCUGUUUCUCAUAAACCUUAAAAUAAGGUCCAUGGUUGCUUCGGUUGCAUAUCAUUUAAAAUAUAUUAUGUUAAUAUACUUAUUUAUUGUGAUGCUCUCUCUGUGUUGAUUUGUAUUUGAUAUUUAUUUUAAUAUUAGUUAAUUCAUACCUGUUCAUAUAAGAUAAUCGGCCGUAAAUAUGUGAGCUAGAAAUUACCCAUUCAUAUUACGAUUUAAUCAAUGGCGUGCAGAGAUGGGACAGAUGCGGCUACGACCCUGGACACCCAUUUUAAAGGGGCAUCCAAUCAAAGAGUGAAAUAACGUUAAGUUUUAUUUUUUUAAAAUUAUCGCAAUUGUCCUAUCUACUGUGAAUAAAAAGGUUUUUUUUAAUCUGCCUUGACAUAUUAUUUAAACUUAUUUCUCGCAGUACUAGUACUGAGUACUAGGCUAUAUACGUGAGUCUUGGGGCAUACGAUCAAGGAGCUGGCAUUCCCAAUCCUCUGCGCGCCAAUGUUUUGUGUACAGACUAAUGUUCUACUCAAUGCAUUUGCUACACUUAGUGCUAUAAUGGGAGUAAUCCCAUUAAAACGGUAUAUGUUGGUGAUAUAUAUGGACACCUUUAUAAAUCUUGUAUAUUUUACACUGUUAUAGACUAUGGGUCAAUCUUAUAUUUGUUAUUUAUCUGCAAUUUACCCUGACAAAAGUAUUGUUAAUAUGUUAGCGCCACUGCUCAGUAGAAUAAUGUCAUAUAUAUAUAUAUGUAAGGACGAAACGGAAAUCGGAAAAUAAUUACAGCUGCUCCGCGGAAAUAUAAUAAUAACAAUUCCCACGCACUACUUCGGUGUUGCAAAAUAUAAUACUUAAAAAUGAUAACUAUUUUGAAGCGGACGUGGGAAGCAUUAAAUUCCUUUUGUUAUCCAUAUUUCUAAUAAUAUCAGAAUUUGUCUGUUAGUGAAAGAAGUGACAAGGAUUGCUAAACAGUUGUUUGCUUAGAAAAUUAAAUUAUAUAUUGAUUUGUGACAAAUUAGAUUAUAUAUCGUCAGUACUAUGUGUUCGGUUUAUAUGUGGGAUACCUCUUUGAUUUAAUUUGGUCUAAAUCACACCGAUUAGAUCCUUUAAGAUGCAUUGAUAAUAUUUAUUUAUAAUAUGUAUUUUCUUAUUAAUCUACAAAUAAAUAAGGUUUUCUUGCAAUAGGCACCCUGGAUGCGUUUUAUACGCUCACAUGUUGUCGUUGCCCCAGUCCGUCCUCCGCCCCUGUGUUCAUUACCCCAGGGCUAUGGCCCAUGUGCUGAUAAAGUACAUCGUACUUUAAAUAUUUCAGUUCUUCGCCGAAUUUCAUCAAAUCUUCAGGAAUAGUUAGUACAGGGUUAAGUUGGUCCAUAGUUAAUUUUGGGCAUUUCAGUAACUAAAAGUAGUUUUCAUACUCAUUCCAUGGGAUUCAAUUCUUCACCAUUUCUUCAAAACUGCAGAAAUAGUUAGCGAGUGUUGGGGUACAAAUUGUCCCAGAGUUUUGGCUCCUGACAUAGAUGAUUAUUGAUAAAUGCACAUUAUGUGUACUUGUACACAACCCAUAGAGUUUAAUACCACGCCAAUUAAUGCUUGUUUUCACAAAAUUGGAAUCAUGAUCAUUAUUUAUAGUCCAGAAAUCUAAUUUCAAAACAUGCGUUAAAGAAACCUCGACAAAACUGCUGGUAGACAUAGUAUGUUACCUUCCCUGGCAAUCGCUCUUGUGAAUUAUUGUCACUGUUAUAUAUAUAUAUAUAUAUCAAUCUAUGUAUAAAACAACGCACUCCACA